CAGAACUGUAGAAUGCCAGAAGUUUGGUGUACUCUGAAGAGAUCAUUAUCCUGCACCAAAUCAUUCCUUUGUGAUGUUCAUGUUCCAGAAGCCAUUGGUGAUUCAAACUCCAAGGAAAGAACAGACCGAGAUUCAUCUGGUUGUUUAAGGUCUAAAUCUAACCUCAGAGACAUCAUUUGUGGAAGCAAGAGACACUCGCAGAAGCCAUCGCCAAGCUCCAGCUCGAGAUCAAUGGCGAACAGUGAAGUUCUCCUCACCAUGACCCAUGAAAUUGAAGCACAAACUAAAACGGAUAGCUUCUCUGUUCCCCACGAAGAAAAAACCAGUCUUGAACUCCAUAAAAGCUCUGCUACAAGAAAUGGGCAUGCCACUUCUGCAACUUCCGACAGAAUCAACCAAUUCCACGAUGGUUCUGAAUUGAUUUGCCAAGAAUGUGGUGGGCUUUUUAAGAAUUCAGAUGCCAUGGAGUCCCAUCAUCUUUCCAAGCAUGCCGUCAGAGAAUUAGCGCAGGAGGAUUCAUCCUGGAAAGUGAUAGAAUUAAUCUGCCAAAGAACAUGGCCAACGUCGAAACCCCACCACAUUGAGAAUGUCUUCAAAGUCCAGAAUUCCCCAAGAACUCUGUCUCUGUUUGAAGAGUACAGAGCAACGGUGAAAAGCAGAGCGAGCAAACUGGAGCAGCAAAACCCACGUUGUUUAGUCGAUGGAAACGAGCUCUUGAGGUUCCAUGGCACGACGAUUGCUUGCCCAUUAGCAGCGGCAAAUGGGUCUCAGAUUUUAUGCAAUUUGGAUAACUGUGGAGUUUGCCAAAUAUUAAGACAUGGGUUUAAUAAAGGCGUAUUUACAUGCGCAACAAGUGGAAGAGCCUUCGAAUGUAUUGAGAUGAAUGAAGAAGAAGAUAUGGGCGGCUUAAGAAGAGCCUUAAUGGUGUGCAGAGUGAUUGCAGGGAUGGUCUGGGGCGGAUGCAUGGAGGAAGAUGAACUGAACGCCAAUUCCGGUUCUGGGUUCGAAUCGUCGAGUGGGAAAACGGGACAGAAUUCAAAACAGGAAGAACUGUUUGUGUUCAAUCCUGAAGCUGUACUUCCUUGCUUCGUGGUAACUUACAGACGGUGAUUAGGAAAAAUUAGGCAUUUGUAUGUCUUAUGAGUUUCUUCUAAUGAUUAUUGAAUACGAAUUUGAUCGACUCCCAA